AGUACAACAACUAGAGAUAUAUAGACUCCAGCUUUACAAAUUACACGUAUCUUAAAACCCUAAACCUCUUCUCCAAUUUAAUUAUGGGCAAGCGUCGACUUCAAACGGCUGUAGCAAAUGACAGUGAAUCUUCUCGAAUAGAUUCUGAUGGAAGCAAGAAACGAAGACCUGAGUCUUUGCAUGUUAUUAGAGAAGCUGGCGGUGCUGGAAUCUCUGCUGAUGAUUUUUCUCACAAAAAUGGGGAGUGUGAUUUAAAUGUGGCAUCGACAAGCAAAAGCUCCUUUGAUAAACACUUUGGUUAUAAAUUGUCAAAAGAGGAAGUCAAAGAUCUUACAAAAGGAAAGCGGAAGGAUAAAUGGAAGGAAAAAUGGGAAGUGGCUGCCAGUAAUAUGUCAAGGUGCAAGUGGAUAGGAACUGGAGAACAAUUCAUGGAGAAAGAGGACACCUAUAAAUAUGAUGGCCUUGAACGGAGGUUAUACAAGCACUGGUUAACCCACAUGCCAGAUGGAGGCACUGAUUUUCAGUCAUCAAAGCAGAGAUCAUUUUUCUUCCUUUGUAACAGCUAUAGGGAUAUACUACACCAUAACAAGAAACCUUUCUAUUUGAAAGGUAUGGAAGAAGAUUCAAGUGUCACAGACGCUUAUAUAAUGCAUUCGCUGAAUCAUAUAUUUAAAUCUAGAGAUCUUGUGACCAAGAAUGAUGCAGAAGUGGUUAAACUUCAAGUGCACACGAAGGAUGAUAUGCCCAAAAGUGUUGGUUUCCAGGACCGUGGAUUUACUUGUCCCAAGAUUCUGAUCUUACUGCCACUUGCAAGUAUUGCGCUUCGGGUAGUCAAUAGGUUGAUUGCGCUUACUCCCUCCAAGCAUAAGGUCACUUCCUCCAAGCAUAAGGCGGUUGACGUGGAGAACCUUGACCGCUUCUCAGACGAGUUUGGGAUAGGAACAGAUUCUAUGAAUAUGGCAGAGAGCUCACAACCACGGAAGUCCUCAAACCAUUCUGACUUUCAUGCACUCUUUGGUGGGAAUAAUAACAAUGACUUUAUGAUUGGCGUCAAGAUUUCUAGGGGAUCCGUCAAGUUAUAUGAUGAUAUCUAUACCUCUGACAUGAUUGUUGCUUCUCCUCUGAGUUUAAUCACUAAAAUUGGAGAGGCUGAAAGAGAUAAGAAGAAAGAUAUUGAUUAUUUGUCAUCCAUUGAGGUUUUAAUUAUUGAUCAUGCAGAUGUUAUGGUGAAGCAGAACUGGUCUCAUGUGAGUACAGUUAUAAAGAAGCUGAAUAGCAAACCAUCUAAACAGCACGGGACAGAUCAAAUGCGCAUAAGACCAUGGUACUUGGAUGAACAUGCACAAUUUUAUCGACAAUCAAUAAUUUUGGGAUCUCAUUCAAGUCCAGAAAUCAAUGCUUUGAUCGACCGCCAUUGCCUCAAUUACCAAGGAAAGGUCAAGCUGGAAUGCAAGUAUAAGGGUGUUCUGCGUAAAGCAUCGCCUCAAGUCAAGCAGAUUUACGAGAAAUUCGAUGCAAAUUCUAUUGGCGAUGUUGAUGGUGCUCGUUUUGCCUACUUCUCAACAAAGGUGUUCCCCAAGAUGAAAAGUUCUUUUCAGGGUGGAACUAUGAUAUAUAUAAGCUCUAAUUUCGAGUUUAUACGUGUUCAAAAUUUCUUGGAAUCACAGAAGGCAUCCUUCUGUCAUCUUGGGGAGAACAAAGAGCCAAGCAAUAUUUCUUAUGACCAAGUUUGGCAUCAUCAAGAUAGUAAUAAAAUCCUGCUUUACACUGAGAAAUCUCAAUUCUACCACAGAUAUAAGGUUCAUGGCAUCAGAAAUUUGAUCAUCUAUUCUCUGCCAGAGAGGAAAGAAUUUUAUCCUGAGCUUGUUAAUAUGCUCCAAGGGUCAGAUAACAUGACAACUACAGUUCUCUUUUGUGGCUUUGAUAUGCUCCGGCUGGAGGCGAUUGUUAGCAGUGACACAGCUAAGAGAAUGACGGAUUCAGACAAGGAUGUCUUCAUCAUUAAAUAGAAAGAACUGCUUCUGGAUUUACUAUAUUUGCAAGUGUUGAUCGUUCUUGGAUCAUCCAGGAUGGUGUAAGAGCAUAUUUGAAUGGUGUUGGGAGUACAUUUGUGGAUCAAAUUAGCUAGUAAGAAAGUUUAAAGUAUUUAGUCAUACUGUAUAUUAUAAAUUACAUCAUAAUUUAACUUACUUUUAUUGAUCGA